GGUCCGCGCAGGCGCGGUGGGGCCGGGGGCUGCGGGGCGAUAGCGGAGCGGUGCUCGGUGCGGGUCCGGCCAUGCCGUACCUGGGCGGCGAGGACGCGGUGCGGGAGCUCCGCCGGGCCCUGGCCAACCCGCAUGUGCAGGCGGAUCCGCUGCGGUACCGCGCCGCCGUGCUGCGCGUCAUCCGGUACAUGGCGCAGGGCGCGGACGUGUCGGCGCUGUUCCCGGAGAUGGUGAAGGCCAGCGCGGCGGCCGACGUGGUGCAGAAGAAGCUGGUGUCGCUGUACGUGCGGGCGCAGGCCCCGCGGCAGCCCCAGCUGGCGCUCCUGGCCGUCAACACCCUGCGCAAGGACUGCGCGCACCCCAGCCCCGCCGUGCGCGGGCUCGCCCUGCGCAGCAUGUGCGGCCUCAGGAUGCCGGGCAUCCAGGAGUACCUGCAGCAGCCGCUCCUCAACGGGCUGCGGGACAAGGCGUCGUACGUGCGGAGAGUGGCCGUGCUGGGCUGCGCCAAGAUGGUGAAGCUGCAGGGGGACGGCGAAGUGGAUGGUGCAUUGGUGAAUGAGCUCUACAGUUUGCUUCGUGAUCAGGAUCCCAUCGUAGUCGUCAAUUGUCUGAGGGCUUUAGAAGAGAUCUUGAAGAAGGAGGGAGGAGUUGUCAUCAACAAGCCCAUUGCUCAUCAUCUCCUCAACAGGAUGGCUGAUCUGGAUCAGUGGGGCCAAAGCGAGGUGUUGACCUUCCUGCUGCGUUACAGACCCCGCAGCGAGGAGGAGCUCUUCGACAUCCUCAAUUUACUGGAUGACUAUCUCAAAAGCAGCAGCAGCAGCGUCGUGAUGGCAGCCACCAAGCUUUUCCUGGUGCUGGCCAGGGAGUACCCAGAUGUGCAGACAGAUGUUUUGGUGAGGGUGAAGGGGCCGCUGCUGUCUGCCUGCACUUCUGAGAGCAGAGAGCUCUGCUUCACUGCCCUGUGCCACGUGCGACAGAUCCUCCAUAGCCUCCCCGGCCAUUUUAGCAGCCACUACAAAAAGUUCUUCUGUUUGUAUUCCGAGCCCCACUACAUCAAAUGCCAGAAGAUGGAGGUGUUGUGUGAGCUGGUGAAUGAUGAAAACGUUCAGCAAGUGCUGGAGGAGCUGAAGGGCUAUUGCACGGACGUGUCGGAGGAGCUUGCCCAAGGGGCGAUCUUCGCCAUAGGCAACAUUGCCAGGACGUACACUGAACAGUGCGUGGGGAUCCUGACAGAGCUCCUGGGGCUGCAGCAGGAACAUAUCACUUCAGCCGUGGUCCAGGCGUUUCGGGACCUGGUUUGGCUGUGUCCCCAGUGCACGGAUGCUGUUUGUCGGGCGCUGCCGGGCUGCGAGGACUCCAUCCAGGACAACGAGGGCAAGCAAGCGCUGAUCUGGCUCCUGGGCACGCAUGGUGAGAAAGUACCGAACGCCCCGUAUGUUUUAGAGGACUUUGUGGAGAACGUGAAAUCGGAGACGUUCCCAGGAGUGAAGAUGGAGCUUCUGACGGCGUUGGUGCGACUUUUUCUGUCUCGUCCCGCGGAGUGCCAGGACAUGCUGGGGAGACUGCUCUACUACUGCAUCGAGGAGGAGAUGGAUAUGGCAGUACGAGACCGGGGAUUGUUCUACUAUCGCCUUUUGCAGUCCGGUGUGGAAGAAGUGAAGCGGGUCCUGUGUAGCCCCAAGUCUGACCCCUCUCUGGGGCUCCUGGAACACCAGACCGAGCAACCCGUGAAUACGUGGGCUUCAGAGUUUAAUACUCUGGCACCAGUUUAUGGCAGAGAACGCUGGGCACUCAUCACUGCUCACCAGCCAGCAGAACCCUCGUACGCUUCUCCUUGUACGACCUCCAGGAACAGAGACACAGAGUCGCUUAUUUCCGAAGGGAACAAAGAAGUCCUCAAGGUUCACCCCGAUUCAAGCAGCCUGACCUUAAUUCCUGACGUUUACCUGCCUGCAGAACAGUUUGAGAAGACCUGGCUCAGCCUGGACGUGAGCUGCCGCCUCUCCCUGCCCUGGCGCGGGACUGUUCACCCGGAUGCCGUACAGACAGCUCUGCACGUUGUCCACAUCCAGACUAUCGCCAUGAGCAAAGCUGGCGCCCAGCCCUGGAAAGCUUAUCUCAGUGCUCAGGAUGACACAGGUUGCCUCUUCCUAACAGAGCUGGUGCUCGAGGCAGCGGAUUCGGAGAUGCAGGUUUUGGUGAAGCAGAGCGAGGUGAAGCCGGAGGCGCUGCAGACCUUUAUUUCGGUGCUAAGGACCGUCAUGGGUACAGUUGCUGGACUGGAGUCCUGAUAGUUUCCUGCUCCCAGUAGGAAUCUUGCUCAAGGCACAGGAAAAGUUUCUUUUCCUGGCUUCACUUGCCAUACUUGAUGCUGGUUUUGUACUUUUAAGCUGUGGGAGCGUUAGGAAAGGACAAGGUAAUGCAGUCGUGAGGCCGCUGCUUCUGGUGUGAGUCGCAGAAGUGGUGGCACCUGUGGGGAUUGUCACAGGACACUGAUGUGACCAGUAAUACGCAGAAUUCAGGGUUGUGUUUUGGAGAGGGUUUUUUCAUGAGAAUUGUAAAUAAUUCAAAAAACAGUUCGGAGACCCCAGGACGCUGCUGCUUGUCUCACGUUCAGAGGAGCAGUGCAGUGAAGAGAGAGGUACUUAGCUCUUGGCUCCCCUUACAUGUCUGACAUGGAUUUUUUGGUGGAGGGAGCUCUGUAGUGUCAGAGAAGGGCGGACAGGGUACAUGAUGCUCACUACAAACACUAGGUUUCUUUUUUAAGGGAAAUAAGUCUAUUUUCGAGGUGAAAUUUGUUAUUAGAAUCAUGAUUUGCCCUCUCUGAAAUUCCGCCCUCAGGCUGCUGUAUGAAAACAAGGAGCAUACAGGGUGGGAACAGCGUGUUAGUGUGAGUUGUACCUGCGUCACCGGCCGUGUCCCUGAGCUGUCAGUCCCUGGUACCCGCACCAACAAUGGAAGAAUUGCUGUUUAGAUAAUUCAUCUGUACAGAAUAUCACAUUUUUGCUGACACUGAUUUUUCCCAUUUGUUACGUUGUGACUCAAGGGGGUGUUCAAAGGUUUGUUUGCUGCGUGGUACUCAUUUCUGCUCAGUACUGUCAUCCUGUCCCCACCGUACGGCACACGAGCAGUGCUACGGCACUAAAUAUUUAUGGUUUUUGACAUUAUACCCUGGUCAGCCUCAGGAUAUUUUUUGAAGAGCAUGUGGACAGUGUUCCAUGUGCUCCAUUGAGAGUUAUGGAGGGUCAACUUUGUCCAGUGUCAUGAGAAGUGUCCUUGUCACAGCCAUGUUUUCCACAGUGGCAAAACCCUGAAGACAGCUCCUGGCUUUGGGUUGAGGUACGUAUGUUACUAUAACAGGGCUUUAUGGCACUCCUAAGGAGUAGCUUUGUUAUCCCUAGUCUAUAAGAUUUCUUGUAAUUUUUAAUUUCUUUUAAUGACUGUAUUGCACCUUUACAUUGCCAUAUGCCUUCUGUGCACUUCACCCAAACACUGCUGUCACUGCUAAACAACAGGUUUAGAUUUUAUUUCUGAUUUUCCUAAUAAAAAUGUGAAUAAUU